AUUUAAUCUAAGUGAUGGAAUUAAUUAAAUAAUGAAAAAAACAUACAUGGACAAAUAUUGGCAAUUCGGAAAACAAGAAUCCUUUAAUGUAUACCAAUUUGACAUUGCGAAAUUCUGUCACCAAUUCCGAUGAAUUAGCUUUGGGGGGGUAAUUUAAAUUAGGCCGUAGAAAAUGCGUUCCGGUAAAGGAAAUCCUUUCCACGGGCCCAAUACGUUCAUAUACGAGUACGAAGCUCCUGAGAGACCUCAUCCUGCUCCUUUUUUGGUGUCGGCGCGAAGGGACUUCUCCCACUUGAACCCGAAUUACUGCGAGAGCCACAUAUAUGGCGUCAGAGAUGAUAUGAAAGAUAGACGAAUGGGGACUUCUCCCAGCAACGCAGCUCCAAGGGUGCUACACGACAUAUCACCAGGUGCUCCUGUUACUAAUUACAUCCCCAAAGAACCCGCUUGUCCAGGAGCUUUCGAUAACAAAGAUAAGAAGAAAUUACCGAAAUUCUACACGUGCAGAGUAACUUACAAUGCACUGGGUGAAGGCGCUUCUGUGCCUUCCCAUAUCCACAAAUAUGGCUAUUAUAUGAACGGUAUGGGUCAAUUAAAAUUGGUACCAACAGAUCAUAUGGAUAGGUCAGGAGGACCGGCAAAGUACGGGUCUAAUAUGAAGAAAACAAUCUACGACGAAAUGUACAAAGGAAUAAAAUUCCCCACCUCGCCGCGAGAGCAGCGCAAGUACCCCAUCCCGGGCCCGGCCGAUUACUCCCGAGGGGACGUCGAUUUCCACAAAGACCCCGUUGGAGAUCAGAUACGCAGCAUCAAACGUUGGAUGACUUACAUACCGAGGUACAUAGAGAAUCUACAAUUGGAGGCCAUCAACGGCCCACCUAGCCCCACCGAUUUCGACACCGUGAAGCCCUUGUGCCAAAGGUCCCCUCCCAUCAACCCGCUACCCUUCGUCACGAGCGGUCCUAGGUUUCCUCCUAUUAAGCAAGCUCCUGAUCAUUAUGACAUAGUCCAACCUACUUAUCCAGCUAACAAACUGGAAGUGUCUUUCCUGAAGAGCGCCGAGAGGUUCGUGGACGAGAAACCGACUUGUCUUUCUGGUCCAUUCGAUUACGACGUGCCCAGUCCAAUAGACGAGAAACUCUACAAGGGCAUGGCUGAGGCGGCGGGUAAGCCGCCCUUCGGUCAGGGCGCCAAACGAUUGCUCACCGUGCCGUCGAGUAACCCAGGACCGGCUGAUUACGGACCGAUCGCUCCCAAAAGAGAGAAGAAAACCAGGAAACAACCCACAGUCUCGUUCCGCUCCAAGACGAAGCGAUGGACGAGCGAUUCUUAUCCGAAGUGGGAUUAUCUGAAGGUCGCCGAUGCUCACGAUUUCGUGAUUAAGGGCAGAGCGACAUCGCUGGGAGGCUAUCCUUUCAACGUCGGCAGCAAAAGGGCGGGAUAUUUCGAUAUGCUGCCCACUCCACCAUUCACGAAAUAUUGCAACAAACCGGAGCUAACCUCGAAGGGAUUCUAUAUACCGCAAGCGUUGAGAUUUCCCAAACCCAGAGAUAUUAUUCCAGCACCCGAUGCUUAUUUGAUUCAUCCGACUCACACGUCUAGCAUGUACAACGCCUUCACCACGCACAAUUUGAAACUGAAGGAAGCCGCCGCCAGGAUGGCCUUCAGGGUGAACCCCAAGGAUACGGAUUACCUGUGGAGGAAGGAGAGGAGCAAGAAGAAGAAAAUGAAAUGGUUCUACAAGGACGGCAAGGAUUACGUGCAUUGCGUCAAGGACAUGAAACCGUACAAAGGAAAAUAAACCAUAUACUCG